UCUCGGGUUGUGCUUCAGCUUCCCAGGAAACCGGAGUGUUAUUGGCUUGUGCUGUGUGCCCCUGUAAACAAGGGCUCGGGUUUCUUGUGAAUUACGCUUCAAUGGACCAGUACGAUAUCCUCAAAGUGAUUGGCGAGGGCUCAUUCGGGAGGGCCCUUUUAGUUUGUCACCGAAGCAGCACUCAAAAAUAUGUAAUGAAAGAAGUGAGACUCCCCAAGACUUCAAGUGCCAUUCAAAACUCCAGACAAGAAGCGAUCCUGUUAGCUAAAAUGAAACACCACAAUAUUGUCACUUUCAGGGAGUCUUUUGAAGAGGAUGGACAUCUGUACAUAGUGAUGGAAUAUUGUGAUGGGGGAGAUCUGAUGGAGACAAUUAAACGGCAAAAGGGAAAACUACUUCCUGAACAGCAGAUUCUACAUUGGUUUGUACAGCUGUGUUUAGCGGUCCAGCAUAUUCAUGAAAAGCGUGUGUUACACAGAGAUAUAAAGUCCAAGAAUGUUUUUCUUACUCAAACUGGCAAAAUAAAACUGGGAGACUUUGGAUCUGCACGUCUUCUAACCAGCCCAAUGGCUUAUGCCUGUACAUAUGUUGGGACCCCUUAUUAUGUACCUCCAGAAAUCUGGGAGAAUAUACCUUACAACAACAAAAGUGACAUCUGGUCUUUAGGAUGUGUCUUGUAUGAGAUCAGCACUCUCAAACACCCAUUCCAGGCAGGCAGCUGGAAAAAUCUGAUUCUAAAAAUCUGCCAAGGCUCAUACAGUCCUCUUCCAGCUCAGUAUUCAUAUGAACUCCGUAGUCUCAUCAAACAGAUGUUUCGGAAAGACCCUCGGCACCGGCCAUCCACCAACACUAUACUUAAAAGAAGACUACUAUCCAGAUAUGUCACUUUAACAAAGGUCACUGAUGAUCAGUCAAUAAACUGUCAAGAGAAAGAAGUAAAUCCCCAACCUACAUAUGGACAUACAGAAUUGCACGAAGAUCCCUCUGAGCUUAAACAUGCAUCUAAUAUCAGUUCUUCAACACCAAACAGAAGACAGUGGGCAAAAAAACCUUCAGACACAGUGUUGGAUAUGUUAGAAAAUGCCUCUCUACUAUCUUCCAGUAUAGCAGCUGAAAACAGUAAUGAUGGCUCUGUUAUAAAGUAUGGUCUUAAUGCGCAGAGGAAGAAGUGGAAGAAAGAAUCUACAGAAACAGUUCUCAAUAUUCUAAAGAACGCAGAUCUUACCAUGGCAUUUGAAACAUACACCAUACAUAAACCAAAAUCCUCUGAGGGCUGGCUAAGGGGACCUCUGUCUAAUGUUACCCAGACACCUGAUGCCACAGACGGUGGAGCAGAAGAAGAGAUUACUGUGGAUCCAGAGAGAUUCCAGCCAAGAUCUGAUGAUGAAGACACGGACUUUGAAGAAGACGACAGUGACCCAGACUGGAUAUCUGCACUGACGGAGAUAAUUAAAGGGACAGUGUAGUCAAAAUAAAACUUUCAUGAUAGGGCAUGCCAUUUUAAACAACUUUCCAAUUUACUUUUAUCAAAUUGGGUUUGUUAUUUUGGUAUUCUUGGUUGAAAGCUAAACCUAGGUAGGUUCAUAUCUCGGUGCAUUGUGACAGUUUGUGCUUACUCCCGUGGAGUUACUUAUGAGAGGGCACUGAUUGGCUAAGUUUAAAGUUUGUCAAAAGAACUGAAAUAAGGGAACAGUCAGCAGAGGCUUAGAUACAAGGUAAUCACAGAGGUAAAAAAGUAUAUUAAUAUAACGGUGUUGGUUAUGCAAACCUGGGGAAUGGGUAAUAAAGGGGGGCAUUCCUCUCUGUUAUAAAGGGAGCUGUGUAAAGACAUUACUCUGUGAUGAUGGCAAAAAGCAUUAAACAAUAUAUUUCUAUAUACAGAAGGGAUUUUGGAGCUACUGUUUAGGUAAAGAUCUUUAAAGGGACAUUAAUCUCAAUCCACGAAAUUUUUAAUUAUUGCAUAGUGAAUAAACUUUUAAAUGUAUUUCAUUA